AUGCCUGGAUUAGCAUCGCAUCAUGCUGAUGUUAAUUAUUCAAAUCUUCCAUUACGUAUACAUUUUGUUCAAGCAAAUGACAAAGCAAUAUUGGUAUCAGAUAAUCUUUUAACCAGGAACUACCAAUUAGCAGAGAUUGUCUGGGGUUUUCUAUAUGCACAGCCAAAACAUUCCAAACAUACGAAGCAGUUACGCAAACCAGUGACGGCCCCAGGACAUGCCCUCUCAAUUGAACACAAAGUCCCACUUGCUCAGAGCACGUAUUCCAACAAUCAAGCCAACUCAGGGUACUCAUCCGGUUACUCAUCUGGCUUAUCAUCAAAGCAUUCCUCCAGUACUUCCGCAGCCUCGGACAUACCAACUUAUCCUAUGAACUUCUCUCCUGCCACUGCCACUGUUGAAUUCACACCAGUUAGGCCAGCUCCAGUGAGGCCUGCUCCACCAAGGCCAGUAGCAGCGAAGCCUGCCACUCCAGCGAAGCCUGCCACUCCAGCUAGGCCUUACCCCCCACCAUCUAGUACCGUCAAGCCAAGCGCUCCCAGUCUACAUGCAUCAAAUAAUUCAAAUUGGAAAAACAACAGAGUCCCUCCAAAAUUGCCUGCGUUAAGACCGACAUACGCUAAUACAAACAACUCAGCCAGCUCAAGUAUGCCCAUAUCACCAAUUAAACCCCCUCCACCAGUUAAACCACCUCCACCAGCUAAUAUAGCUAAUAAACCAAGGGUGCCUCCAAAGCCUUCGGCAGGUAAGCCGACAGUUCAGCCAGUGCAUCAUUUGGAAGACUGUCCUCCAGAGUGUGGAAUCAACGAGGCAUCAGAAGACAAACCAAAAUCAAAGUAUACAAUGCAGUUAUCCUUUCAGUCCUCCUAUAUGGUUGUGAAACCUGGACAGUGUAUCAACGACACGCCAGAAAGUUAA